AUGGCGUCGCCGUCGCCUUCGUUCCUGCUCCAGCUGGUGCGGUACGUGUCUUCUCUCCCGACCCACUUCAUGCGGGUCAGCACGAGGGCGCUCCCGCUCCUGAUGGAAGGCUCCGGCGGGGCGAUCCGUCCCCUCGCCGCCGCCCCCAAGCCGAAGCCACCGGGUCCGCCGGCGGAAGGCCCCGGCGACAAGGGUGGGAUCAUCCAUGCCGCCUCUCCCCUACCGCGCGGGCUGAUGCGGGCGGCGCCUCAGAGGCAGGGCGCCGGAGGGAUGAUCAAGGCGCCCCAGCGGCCCGGCGCGCCGGCCGAGGGCACCGGCGGCCGCGGCGGGAUCAUCCAUGCCGCCUCUUCUUGA